GCUUCAACCAUUUUCGACACAUAAUCACACACAACGCGGAGUGAGCAGCAACCACAUAGACAUAUACAUAACGGAAGCACCUGGGUGAUCAUUCGAUAUACAAUGUUUUUCCACAAGGAGCUCAACCACACAAUCACCCUGCACCCGUCGUUCCUCGGCCCGCAGCUGAAGACGUUUGUCACAGACAAGCUGUACCGUGAUGUCGAAGGCACAUGCACUGGGCGGUACGGCUACAUUGUAGCGGUGAUUGCCAUCCUGGAUAUCAACAUGGGCAAGAUCCUGCCUGGCACCGGCUCGGCUGAAUUCGACGUUCAGUACUCUGCGAUCGUGUUUAAACCGUUCAAGAAUGAGGUUGUCGAUGCAGUGGUCAGUACAGUCAACAAGAUGGGAUUUUUCGCUGACGUUGGGCCCUUGCAGGUGUUUGUUUCGCAGCAUCUGAUUCCAGCCGAUAUGGAGUUUGACCCGAACGGCAAUCCGCCAUCAUAUCACUCAGAGGAGCAAAAGGUUGAGAAGGGCACGUUGGUGCGGAUCAAGAUUGUCGGCACACGUAUUGAUGCCACAGAGAUCUUUGCUAUUGGCACUAUUAAGGAGGACUACCUUGGUGUCAUCGAGUAGCCAAAAAUGGAAAUAUCCUACCAAUAUACGAGUACCUUCUAACGCCUCUAUGAUGUGCUUUAGUUGCGUCGACGAAUAUUAAUGAAUAAUGCAGAUAUUGAUCUACUACGAUAUGCCAAGCAUCAUUUAAAUAUGGUGUCAACGGGUAUCCCCAUGGAAUUUACCCUCGUCCGAACCACGGUGGCUGAGUAUAGGCAGUUGGAUUCCCAGAACAGCUUGGGGCGCCAUCAG